AUGGUGAGGGCCCCGUUCACGCUGGCGCUGCUCAGACUCGCUCCUCCUCGGCACUGGCGGCGGCUGCUCCUCGGCGCGGGUGGCGGCUGCGGCUGGACGUGGGUUCCUGCUGCAGAGCGGACCCGCCUGGUGUCGAACGGCGCCAAUUCCUUUCACGGAGUUCGCGAGAGAGACGCCGAGACUCGCCUGGCGCGAGCGAGCACGCAACGUCGUCUCGCCGCGGCGCCGCGCGAAUAUAGCGGCCCCGCCCCCGCGCCGGCCGAGUUAGUAGUAGCAGACUUGCAAAGAAAAGUCAGAGAGGCGUUUGAAGUGUUUGACCAUGAGCUGAAUAAUACAGUGGAUGUGAGAGAGAUCGGCACCAUCAUCAGGUCCCUGGGAUGCUGCCCGAACGAAGGGGAGCUGCAUGAUCUGAUUGCAGAGGUAGAGGAAGAAGAACCCACUGGAUACAUUCGAUUUGAAAAGUUUCUUCCAGUGAUGACCAAUAUACUAGUGGAAAAAAGAUACAGACCAAUUCCAGAAGAAAUCCUUCUUCAAGCUUUUGAGGUAUUAGAUCCAACUAAACGUGGAUAUCUUUCUAAGGAAGAACUGAUCAAGUAUAUGACUGAAGAAGGUGAGCCCUUUUCUCAGGAGGAAAUGGAAGAAAUGCUGUCUGCUGCAAUUGGCCCAGAAUCGAAUUUCAUUCAUUACAGGGACUACAUAACCAUGAUGGUGAUAGAUGAAAAUUAAACACUCAGAAGGCUCACUUUCUAAUUGAAAGGAUAAUUUUUAAAAAUUGCUUAUCUUUGUUCAUUUCACAUCAUAUCUUACAAUUCCCUAAUAUGCUAGUCAAUUUCUCAUGACAACUAUUUCAAGAUAUUCUAUUUUUUAAAAGAUGAUCAUAACAGUUUAAAACAAGUUUAUUUGGUAUGUCUUGCAUUGUGGGAUGACAAAUUGCUAAUUAUUUAAAAACUAUUCUUAAAACACUUUAACAUUAUCCAUGGAUGGUUGUUAAUUUUCUGCAAUAAAAUCUAGGUUACCUUCCAAUGA